AUGGAAGGCACAACCAGUUAUAUCCUUGUCUGUGGAAUUUGCUUCGGACUGGCUAUCAUAGCCUCUGCUGAGAAUGGUCCUGAAAGCGGCUUUAUCGGAAGGAGGCUUUUAAACAGCACAGCACCGGAACCGGAUAAAAGUAUCUGGCAAAAAAUCGAGGAAUUCUACGAUGACAAGAAUAACUUUGCUAUGUACCUGGUUCUACCUCUUCUGGUCUUUGUGUAUGGUGGGUGCAGUCUCAUCUAUUGCAUUGCUAAAUGUCGACGACACCUGAAAAAGAAGAAGCACAAGGAAAUGUCGAAAUUAGACCGCCAGGAUAUCGACGAUGAUGAUGAUGAACCGGUCACCGAACGUACCGAUAGUGUAGAACCGCGUCAAGAGAGAAAGGGUGCUAAGCAGACCUCUGCCUCUGACGUCAGAGUGGCAAUGGAUCGGGAAAACACCACCACAUCCCUGCCGUGGCAGGUCCCAGACGAACAGGAGAAUUUAUAUCAACGCAAGCCUGCACCUCCUCCCCCUCGUAAAGCUGAGCCACGGAAUGCCUUGAACAACCAUCCGAGCCCUCCUCCACCCUACGAUGCCUUUUCACCCAAGCCUGCCAUGAACCGGGCAAUGAUGAACACCGUCUCUAACCCUGGAAAUGACCACCGGACCAGGAAUGCAAUGGAAUCUUAUGCUAUGGCGAAGCAGGCGGCAGAGUUGCUGAGACAAGAGGACCACUAUCGGCCUGGCGGUGGCUACAAGAAGGCAAAGAGGCUCGUUUUCGUAGCUGAUUGA